AUGUCGGUAAUCGCUCCUGAGUUUUUCAAUUUUAUAAAAAAACUAGAGGAUAAUGGUGAUAAGCUAACUCCGACUACUCCUGUCGAGCAGCCGCUCGAGUUUGAGUUUAAUAAUUCGAGUUGUUAUAUUUGCAAUGGAUACUACGGCCCUAGUUUUGGAGAGCCAGUUUGUAUUACUUGUCACGCAUUUCUUUUCCCUGAUUUUCCGUCUUAUCUCCCGAGUUCAUACUUCUGCAGUGAAAAAACUGAUGAUGGAGACUCUGGUAACGAUGAACCGUCAGACUUGAAUUAUAGUUCGGAGCGCAAAAUCAACAAAGCAUGUCCACUACCAGCCUGGUGGUACUACAGAAAUUCUUUGGACAGUGAAACAAGUCCAGAGGAUGAAACCAGUCGUACCAGUAACUCGGGGCCUGGAGCAAGUGGCAGUGGUAGUGGUGGUAGUGUCUCUGGCCCAUCUUCUGCACCUAGAGAGGGAAUUGAAGAUUUAGUUGGUCAAGGUCCUCCUCCUCAGCCUCCUAGCCUUGCAAGAUCACUUCAGGCACUCUCAACACCUCGUCUUCCUGAUAACUUGGCUCCAGGACUCGUGGAACACUUGCCAUCUGAAGUUCUGCUGUGCAUAUUCCGCUACCUGGACGACCUGUCGCUGUGCGCGUGCGCGUGCGUGUGCGAGCGCUGGCGCCGCCUGGUGGUGGCGCGCGUGCCGCCGCCGCGCUGGGCCGCCUUCGCCGCGCGCCGCUGGCCGCUCUUCCGCCCGCUGCUGGCCAGCAUCGACUGGCAGAAGAAGUACCAGUCGCUGGUGGAGUCGUGCUUCUGCCGCAACUGCCUCGUGCAGAUGUGCGUGCAGGCGCAGCCCGCGGGCGACGAGAACGCCUGGCGCCGGAACAGGCUCAAGAUCGAACUUAAGAUGCUGCGAAACGAUCCCCCGGAGGGCAUAGCGGCAACCCCUCUGGACGCCAAGUGUUGCCACUGGCAGGCCAGCGUCACCGGACCUGUGGGCUCGCCCUACGAGGGCGGUGUCUUCUACCUCUACAUACAAGUGCCCUACUCCUACCCCAUGAGCCCGCCCGUGGUGCGCUUCCUGACGCGCAUCCUGCACCCCAACGUGUCGCGCCACGGCGACGUGGGCAUCGACUCCGUGCACCACAACUGGUCGCUGGCGCUCACGCUGUCCAAGGUGCUCAUCUCCAUCCAGAGCCUCCUCACCGACCCCUACACGGCGGUGUGCAUGGAGCCCGAGCUGGGCGCCAUGUACGUGCGCGAGCGGCCGCGCUUCGACGCGCUCGCGCGCCGCUGGACCUGGCGCUACGCCAUGCACGACGUGCUGCCCUGCUGACUGCAGACUGCUGACUGCCGACUGCUGACUGCCGACUGCUGACUGCCGACCGCUGACUGCCGACCGCGACCGGACCCCGCUGCCGCGUGCACGCGCCCGAGCUCGGUGCCGUGAUCUUAUGAAGCAAAACAAAAAA